UGUUUCACCAUUGUCUCGCUAAACGUCCCUCCAGCUUCAAGUGCCUACCUUUCUAAGAAACUAUCAUUUUAUAUAUGGAUAACAUUGAUUGUUUCGGUUAAAUUAAUCUGUGAUUAAUCGAUAAGUGAAGUGCGCGAUGGAUUCGAAACAAUUUCGGGAGUGCGGGAAGGCGGUAAUCGAUAUGUUAGCCGAUUAUUACGAUAACAUACGAAACAGAAAUGUGUUGCCAUCUCUGGACCCGGGUUACCUGAUCAAAUCUGCGCCAGAAAACGCUCCCGAGCAACCUGAAGAAUGGGAAAACGUUCUCAAAGACUUCUCUGAAACAGUUAUGCCUGGCCUGACACAUUGGCAAUCUCCGCAAUUCCACGCCUACUAUCCCACGGGUGGUUCCUAUGCCAGCACUGUCGGAAGUCUCCUUUGUGAUGGAAUCGCUGUGAUGGGAUUUACUUGGAUAGCCAGCCCAGCAUGCACAGAAUUAGAAGUCAUAACUAUGAACUGGCUUGGAAAGCUAUUAGGGUUACCGGAGGAGUUCCUAAACUGCUCCGCCGGACCUGGUGGCGGGAUUAUACAGGGAUCCGCCAGUGAAGCCACUCUAGUUGGACUACUAGCUGCUAAAGAUAAAAUGAUUAGACGACUUCUUGAAAACGAUCCAGACGCAGACGAAGACCUAUUAAAAACUAAAUUCGUGGCAUACACCUCUGAUCAGUGCAACUCAUCGGUUGAGAAAGCUGGAGUUCUCGGAUCUAUGAAAAUGAGACUCUUGAAAUCCGAUUCUAAUUGCAAAUUACGAGGAGAAACGUUAAAAAAAGCCUUUGAAGAAGAUAAAGCACAAGGUCUCAUACCGUGUUACGUUAUUGCCAACGUAGGUACUACAGGCACUUGCGCAUACGAUCCUCUAUAUGAGCUGGGACCGGUUUGUAAAGAAGAAAACGUUUGGCUCCAUGUUGAUGCUGCUUAUGCUGGAGCCGCGUGUGUAUGUCUAGAAUACAGGCAUAUAAUAAAAGGUGUAGAAUUCGCUGAUUCUUUCGACGUAAAUGUCCACAAAUGGCUUCUUGUCAACUUUGAUUGUUCAGCCAUGUGGGUAAAGGAUAGUUACGACUUGAUUAAUGCGUUCGACGUGCAACGUAUUUACUUGGAUGAUGUGAAAUCAGAAGUAAGGGUACCAGAUUAUCGUCACUGGCAAAUGCCUUUAGGUCGUCGAUUUAGAUCACUUAAGUUGUGGACCGUUUUAAAAAUGUACGGUGCGGAGGGUUUACGCAGCCACAUCAGAAAUCACAUUAGUUUGGCGCAACACUUCGUCAAGUUAGUGCGAGCAGAUGAGAGAUUUGUUGUAGAACCAGAACCAACUAUGGGUUUAGUUUGCUUUAGACUUAAAAAUGGUGAUAAAUUAACUAAACAAUUACUCGAAAAUUUAACUGCCGCUAAAGAAGUUUUCAUGGUCGCUUGCACGUAUAGAAGUCGAUAUGUUAUUCGUUUUGUCAUUUGUUCGCGAUUUACUACAAAAGAAGAUAUUGAAGUAAGUUGGAAUAUUAUAGCAAGAGAAGCCAAUCGUUUAGUAUGCCCUUCAGUAAUCGGCAAAUCUCAGUCCAUUUCAACAAUUGAUUUUGAAACUGUUAGUAUUUGUGAAAAAUCCAAGUAAAUACAAUUAUAAAAACCUAGUCAGUAAGAGCCCAGUAAGAAGUUAUAUGCAGUAACCAGUAACAUACAAUUACUUAUUUCUUUUAGUUCAAAAGAUUAACUGUAGAAAUCCUCUAUUUCACCUAUAUGUUAAAUAUAAGAUUAUAUUAAUAAGUUAUUAAUUAUAUGAAAAAUA